AACAACGCGUGGCCGCAAGUGAGCGAUCGUGCAAACAUGAAUUUUUCUAUGCAAACACGAGCAUAUCGUCGGCGAAAAUGCUAAGCCGUUUAGCUUUCAUUGUAGAGUGACGGUCACGUGAUCGCCGUAGAAGGCCUGCUGUCUGUUUUCAGUAGAGGGAGAGAGAGGAAGAAAAAUGGCGACUAGAGGCGACCCGGAGCGGGACGCCGGCCGUUCGCAUUAAGCUUUCUCUCGCUUGUUAAGUCUGGGGCUGAGUGGAACUACUUCUCAUAUAUCUACCGACUUUCGGCUUUUAGGCGGUGCCCGUUUUCCCGGGUUUUCGUGGGUGAAUUCCGCGCGAAAACUGAAAUUGGAAAUAAUACAUUUGUAUCUAUAUAAUGAGGGGGAGAAGAGGCAGGCCGCCCAAACAGGCGCUGAUGCAGGAGCCUUCUCCCGGGCUAGUCCGCGGUUUGAGACCCCGGCGAGGACUACGCGCAAGAGGGAGAGGUGCAGUAGAGGUCGAAAUUCUGACUCCCAGGAGGGGAAAUUACCAUUCAUCUAGAGGCAGGAGAAAAAUGGGAUCAACUACGGCAUCAGGAGGUAGAGGAAGAGGCAGGAUUGGUAGCAGAGGUAGAGGGAGACGGACGAGUAACAAGGUGGUUUACGAUGACCAUGAGAGCGAUGAAGACGAGGAUGCCGUGAGUUUGCGAUCGGAGGAAGACGAGUUUGUCCGCGAUGAUCCAUUGUCGGAUGAAGACGAAGAGGCCUUAGAAGAUGAGUCCGAUUACCUGGAGGAAAUACCCGACGAUGAUGAUGCCAGCUACUGUACGGAGAGCAGUUUUCGGAGCCAUAGUACGUACGGCAGCACUCCAGGCCGGCGGAGGACACGGGUACAUCGUCCACGUUCACCGAUUUUUGAGGAGAAGGAGAUCCCUCCGCUGGAGCUUCCCAAAAGCUCUGAGGACCUCAUGGUGCCCAGUGAACAGCUGCUCAACGUGGCCGCCAUCUACGAGGUGCUGCGCAACUUUGGCACCGUGCUGCGUCUAUCGCCCUUCCGCUUUGAGGACUUCUGUGCCGCACUGGCUUGCCAGGAGCAGUGUACGCUGCUGGCAGAGACUCACAUCUCCCUCUUGAAGGCCAUCCUUCGUGAGGAGGACACUUCUAAUACCACCUUCGGCCCGGCUGACUUGAAGGACAGCGUCAACUCCACACUGUACUUCAUCGAUGGCAUGACUUGGCCGGAGGUGGUGCGUGCCUACUGCGAAAGCGACAGCGAGUACCACCACGUUCUACCAUUCCAGGAGGGUGAGGACUAUCCGUUUGGGCCUCUGGAAAGCAAGAUCAAGGUUCUCCAGUUCCUGGUGGAUCAAUUCCUCACCACCAACAUCGCCCGUGAGGAGCUGAUGUCUGAGGGUGUGGUGCAGUAUGACGACCACUGUCGCGUGUGCCACAAGCUGGGUGACCUGCUGUGCUGCGAGACCUGCUCUGCCGUCUACCACCUAGAAUGUGUGAAGCCGCCGCUGGAGGAGGUGCCAGAGGACGAGUGGCAGUGCGAGAUUUGUGUAGCCCACAAGGUGCCGGGCAUCAUGGACUCUGUGACCGAGAGCCAAAAAAGCAGGCCUUACAUUCGACAAGAGCCCAUUGGCUAUGACCGGCAUCGGCGGAAAUACUGGUUCCUAAACAGGAGAAUCAUAGUUGAGGAAGAUGGUGAGCAUGAGCAUAAGGCCAUAUGGUACUACAGUACCAAGGUCCAACUGGCUGAGCUCAUGGACUACUUGGACAAAGAGUACUGGGAGACGGACCUGUAUGAGACCCUAGAGGAGAUAAGAGAGGAGGUCCAUACCCACAUGGACAUCACAGAAGAUCUCACCAACAAAGCACGGGGUAGCAAUAAGUGCUUUCUGGCGGCAGCUAACGAGGAGAUCCUGGAGCGGCUGAAGGCCAAACAGGAGGCGGAGCUGGAGGAGGUGAAGCGCAAGGCAGCGGAGGAAGCUGAGAAGACGAGACGGGAGUCGGGGCUCACUGGACCGGCCCAGUCGGAGAAGACUGAGGAGACGCACGUCAUGGACAAAUCCCUCGAGCGGGAUGAUGAGCAGAAGAACCAGGCAGCUAAGGAGGAGCAGCCCAUACCAGCAGAAGCACCCCCUACUGGAGAGGGAAGCAACAGCUCAAUAGGGCUGAAGCCCCAGUCGCCGUCCCCAGACAGCGUCCUCCUUUCAGCUGCUGAGUACACUAGUCCCACUGAAGGGGCCCUGGCUGGUCCCGCCGUGUGCGCCGAGAUGGCCAAGGAGGGGCCAGCCGCGCGAGAGCUUGUGCAGGAGCCGGCAGAUCAGAAUUCGGAGCCUGGGUCCCACAGCGAAGAAGGGGUCCCAACGCUAAGCCAGCCCCUGCAGGCUGGAGAGGAGAGCAGCGGCAGUCAGACGUCUGUCUCUGAGGCCUCCAAGGUCCCUGAGGAGCCAGACGUAUCAGACAAAUCUUCCCAGUUGUCUGUCACCAGCCAGGAUGAUAUGGGUGAGGGGAAAGAGAAGGCCAGCGGUGAUGGAGUGGGCGUGGCCCGGGGGGCGUCCGCUGCCACACGCAUGGUGACACGCCUACGCAACCCUGACAGCAAGCUGAGCCAGCUCAAGAGCCAGCAGGUGGCUGCCGCCGUGCACGAGGCCAACAAAGGAUUCAGGGAGGGCAAGGAGGUCCUGGUGGUGAACACCCAGGGAGACAUUUCCCGUCUGAGCACCAAGAAGGAGGUGGUGAUGAAGGGAAACCUCAACAAUUACUUCAAACUGGGCCAGGAGGGCAAAUAUCGCGUCUACCUCAACCAGUACAGCACCAACACCCUGGCACUCAACAAGCACCAGCACAGGGAGGACCACGACAAGCGUCGGCACCUCUCCCACAAGUUCUGCAUGACCCCUGCAGGGGAAUUCAAGUGGAACGGUUCUGUUCACGGCUCCAAGGUGCUGACCGUCUCCACGCUGAGGCUGACCAUCAUCCAGUUGGAAAAUAACAUUCCUGCCCCAUUCCUGCACCCCAACUGGGCCUCUCACAGGUCAAACUGGAUCAAAGCUGUACAGAUGUGCAGCAAGGCGCGGGAGUUCGCCCUGGCUCUGGCCAUCCUGGAGUGCGCCAUCAAACCUGUCGCUAUGCUGCCCGUGUGGAAGGAUGCGCUGGGGCACACGAGAUUACAUCGAAUGACCUCUAUUGAGCGAGAGGAAAAGGAAAAGGUGAAAAAGAGGGAACGAAAGCUGGAGGAGGAAGAAACCAUGCAGCAGGCCACCUGGGUGAAGUACCCCAUUCCCAUUAAACACCAGGUGUGGAAGCAAAAGGGAGAGGAGUACAGAGUGACUGGUUAUGGUGGAUGGAGUUGGGUCAGUAAAACCUAUGUACAGCGCUUUGUCCCAAGACUGCCCGGAAACACCAACGUCAACUAUCGGAAAGACCUCGAGGCCGCCAGAAGCGCAAAGAGAGGCAUGUCAUUGGACGUGGACAAAAAGAAAAGCCCGGAAAAAAAAAGUGUGACCACUGAAGCACAAGCGGAACGGGGUACUGUAGAGUCUUUAAAGCAAGAGAAAAGCCAGGACCUUGUGGCAGAUUUGCCUUCUACAGACAGUUCACCUACUAUAAAAGAAGUACAGCAGGAAGAGAAGAUGGACGGUACAGUGGAGGAUAAAAUGGCGAUGAUAACUGACAUCGAGACGCAGAAAAAGAUAAAUGGCAAACCACUUGGGAUGGAAAAGGAAGAGAAUCCUGAAGAAAUGGUUAUGGAAGCCAGCCUGCCAGUCUCAGACCACAAUAAUGAUAAAGGGAAAAUGGAGAGUCCUGAACCUGGGAACCUUGAAGAUGAGAUGAAAGAGGAAAGUAAGCAAGGUGAAGAAGGGAAGAAGGACACACAGGCAGAACCCUUACAGCGGCCCUUCAAUUAUGACGUUGUGAACGUCAGUGAGGGUUUCCUGCAGCGCAUAGCAUAUAAGAAGAAGGUUAAGGCCUCCAAACUGGAUGGGUUGCUGGAGCGGAGGGUUAAGCAAUUUGCCUUGGAGGAGAAGCAAAGGGUAGAGAGGCUGAAACAGCCAUCCCUCACCAAAUCAGCUGGGAAGGGUCUAACUCCGCAUUCGGUGCUAAAGCUGAAAGUUGAGGACAAACCUGCUAUAGCCACAACGGUACUUACUCCGUCUCCCAUACAGAGCAAAGGGCCUGACAAAACGGAGGUUUCCACCACCAAAGUGGGUUCUGCUCCCUUGGACAACACACCCAAAGACCCAGAAGGUACCGGAACUCAAAGUUCUGUAACGGCCAGUCAGGAAAACCAAACACACAGUCAGAAGGAAGUUGAAAAACCCUCAACGGUUCUGCCGACAGAGGCCAUUUUGAAACAGGAUGGCGAUCAACAUUCCACAGUUGAUGCUGUAACACACGGACCUUAUCUUGGGCUAGAGCAGCCCGUUAACCGGGUUCAGGGAUCGGGGGUGGCUGGUAACCUGGAUGUAACAUUGGACUCAACUUGCAAGGACCAGGCUACAGGUAUACAGGGCACACAUGAGGCUCAUGUAGUCAAGGAGCACACUGUGAUAGAAGUUGAGGGCACCAAUGCAGUCUCCUCUAGUCAGGAGGCAAGUGAGCAGCAAAACACUGGGAACAAAGUCACAUCAUCCGAUUUAUCGGAACCUCUAUCUGACAGUAGUUCUCCGACCCAGUCUAAGGAAAGUGAAUCACAGGAGAAACCCUCAGUCACACUAGACUCAAAUAAAUUUAAUUCUAAUUCUGCAGAAGAUGACACAGAAUUCAUAGAGCAGCUUUGUCACGCUGAAUUAUUCAAAAAGGAAGAGGAAAAGGGAAAAAGUCCCCAAGACAAUAUUUCAGAAAUAAAAUUAAAUGAAGACUCUAGAAAGGAGGGUCAUGAAUCAAAAGAGCAGAUGGACAUGGAUGGUAUAGCCGCUAACAGAAAAGAUGCCAAGAUUCCUGAAGAAAAGAAAAAUAACAUCUCACCUGCCCAUGUCAAUGGGAAGGACACAGCAGAGAGUAAGCUUAUGCUGGACCCCCAAGAUAGCGCUGAUCUGGGUUUGGCCAACAAUGUCGAGGCAAAGGUAAACAAUCUGGCAAAGGUGAGUGCUGAAGGGGACAUCAAAGUUCUGCCCUUGAAGGAUGCCUUGAGGCCUCUCCUGAAUGGUGACUUUGCCACUGAUGGCUCAGAGGUGAAAGAUAACAGCACGUCUUUAACUUCCUUGCCAUCCAGCCCGUCUCCUGUGGUUGACGGAGAGAAGGUCACUGUGGCAGAGCCCAACUACCUUCCACCUCAAAAGGUACCUAGGCUAGACAACAACAUUGAGACUGUUGACUCCACAGUAACGUCACCACCUUCCAUUUUAGGCUCUGCCCCUUCUGGAGACCCACAAAGGACAGAUGAGCACAAUAGUGCGGAGGCAGAGCCCAUGGAAGCUGAGCCUACUGUGCCCAAGAAAAUAAUCCCUUCCCCAGUCCUGUCUGCAGAGGAGUCCAGCCUUAGCAGUGACUUUGCAGAGGAUGGAGCCUCCUCUGAAGCCAAGCCAGACACCAGCAAGACCAUAAUCACGCAGGUGACCACCACCACCACUACCACUGUGUCCACCGAGUCUAAAACGGUACAGAUCGCAGAGGUCUCCAGUACACACAAUGGCAAACCCACUGCAGUGUCAAUGGCGGAAAGCUCGGCAGUUUCCACCCUCACCACCAUGACCAAAACCACAGUGACCAAAGUCAGCUCUCCUACACGAGCCAGUCCGGCUGACAUGGUGUCUGUGAUGGAGGAGAGCAAGACCAGGGUCACCACUACUGUGACAGACUCCUCCUCUGGUCCUGCUGGGUCCUCCGUCAGCACCAUGACCGUUAGCACAGAGUACUCUACCAGGGACAGAGUUAAGCUGCUUAAGUUCUCCCGCACUAAGAAGACACGUUCGGGCACGGCUCUCCCUUCAUACCGCAAGUUUGUUACCAAAAGCAGCAGAAAGAGCAUUUUUGUUCUCCCUAAUGAUGACCUGAGGAAGCUGGCGAGGCGAGGGGGAAUCCGGGAAGUGCCCGUCUUCAGUUACAGUGCCAAGCCUGCCUUGGAUAUCUGGCCCUAUCCUUCUCCCCGCCCUACCUUUGGCAUUACGUGGAGGUACCGACUGCAGACGGUGAAGUCCCUGGCCGGGGUCAGUCUGAUGCUUCGAUUGCUGUGGGCUUGUCUGAGGUGGGAUGACAUGGCGGUGAAGCCAUCAUCUGCAGGUGGUACCACCCGCACAGAAACUUCAGACACUGAGAUCACCACGACGGAAAUCAUCAAGCGCCGAGAUGUAGGACCAUAUGGCAUCCGGUCAGAGUACUGUAUCAGGAAGAUCAUCUGCCCAAUCGGCGUUCCCGAAACCCCUAAAGAAACACCGACACCGCAGAGAAAAGGCCUGAGGUCAAGCGCCCUGAGGCCUAAGAAGCCAGAGACUGCAAAGCAGACGGGGCCCGUGGUGAUUGAGACCUGGGUCCCUGAGGAAGAGCUGGAUCUUUGGGAGAUCAGAGCCUUUUCUGAAAGGGUCGAGAAGGAAAAAGUCCAGGCUGCAGAGCAGGCAAAGAAACGUCUGGAGCAGCAGAAGCUGGGAACCAGUGUAACCAUCGCAUCCACCCCAACCAGCAGUCCCAGCACUCCUGCCAGCGCCCCUCAGAAAGUGUUGGGGGGCACCUUCACGAGCCAGAUCACACCUAGCGGAACUAAAGUGGUGCUGGCUACCAAGAUGGGUUCUCCUGCAGUGACAUUCCAGCAGAACAAAAACUUCCAGCAAACAUUUGCUUCCUGGGUCAAACAGGGUCAGAGCAACCCAGUCUCCACUAGCCCCGUGGCCUCGGUGGCUACCAGUGUGACCACGUCCGGGCAGACCUUCCAGCUCACGGCGAGCCCAGUGACAGUGGCUGGCAAAGUCAUCACCGCUAAGCUGCCGCUGCCCGCCAACAGCAAGAUCGUCACUGUCAACGUGCCAGCCACACAAGGAGGUGUUGUACAGGUCCAGCAAAAGGUUCUGGGUAUCAUUCCAUCCAGCGCUGCAGCAGGGAACCAACAAACCUUCACUUCGCUCCAGCCCCGGACUACUACCAUCAACAUCCGCCCCAACACAUCAGCCUCGGUUGGUGGUUCUCCCUCUCCACAGCAGGUGAUCACCGCGGGAACUCCACUCCGGCCCGGGAUGACAGUGGUCCGCGCGCCCCUGCAGCAGGCCGGCACCCUGGGCAAGACCAUCCUCAGGACACCACUGGUGGUGCAGCAAGGUAUCAUCCAAGCCAGCCAGACGCAGCAGGUGGUGACGCAGAUCAUCCGCGGUCAGCCUGCGUCGACGGCCAUCACUAGCCCCAGCGCCGUGCAGACAAGCGCCGGCCAACGCCUCAUAAGCACCACCAGCCCUGCUCCCACCACCCCCUCCACCCCGCAGACGCCUCCAGGCCCCCGACCGCAGCAGGGCCAGGUCAAGCUCACCCUGGCCCAGCUCACGCAGCUCACACAGGGGGCGCAGAAGCCGCAAGGACCAGCUGUGGAGAGGCAGCAGGGAGGCACCCAGGGCCUCACCGUGGUCAUCCAGGGCCAGGGACAGACCACCGGCCAGCUGCAGGUCAUCCCCCAGGGUGUGACGGUCAUCCCAGGCCCCGGGCAGCAGCUCAUGCAGGCCGCCCUACCCAACGGGCAGCUACAGCGCUUCCUCUUCACCCCCCUGCCCCCGCCAGUGUCCUCGGGCAACGCCACGGUCACUGCCGUCACGGCCACCAGCACCACGCCAUCCGUGCUGGCAGGACCAGCGGAGCAGAGAGCCAUACAGGCCCAGCUCCCCAUGACAGCGCAGCCCCAGAUCCAGGCCCAGGCUCCAGCCUCUACUCAGCCCCAGUUGCAGGCCCCACUGCAGCCGGCCCUGCAAGCUGCCGCCCCCAUCCAGGCCAGCCCCGUGGCCCCGGGAAUCCCCGCCCCCACUAUAUCGCAAGUCCACCUCUCCCCGCAGACUCAGGCCCCCACUCCAGUGGCGGUCAAGCCGCUGCCUGCCACUAGUCAGGCAUCCGUGGUGGUGGCAGCCUCAGCACCUGCCCGCGCCCAACUGCAGCUCCACCAGCCCCAGCUGAUCGCCGUGCCCCAGCUGCAGCCGCAGGUGCUCUCCCAGAUCCAGUCGCACGUGGCGGCCCAGAUCCAGGCCCAGCCGGGCAGCAUGCCGCAGCAGAUCAAGCUGCAGCUGCCCAUCCAGAUCCAGCAGGGGGGGCAGGUGCAGGCGCACCAGAUCCAGAACGUGGUCACCAUCCAGACAGCCAGCGUGCAGGAGCAGCUGCAGAGGAUCCAGCAGCUCCGGGAGCAGCAGCAGCAGAAGAAAAAGCAGCAGCAGGAUGCCAAGCGUGAGCAGAACCUGCAGACCAUCAGCCAGAGUGACAUCAUCCAGAAACAGGUGGUGAUGAAGCAGAAUGCUGUCAUUGAGCACCUGAAGCAGAAGAAGACGCUGUCCCCAGCUGAGCGUGAGGAGAACCAGAGAAUGAUCGUGUGCAACCAGGUGAUGAAGUUCAUCCUGGACAAGAUCGACAAGGAUGAGAAGCAGGCCGCCAAGAAGCGGAAGCGGGAGGAGUCCGUGGAGCAGAAGCGCAGCAAGCAGAACGCCACGCGCCUGUCUGCGCUGCUCUUCAAGCACAAGGAGCAGCUGAAGGCGGAGAUCCUCAAGAAGAGGGCCCUGCUGGACAAAGAGCUGCAGCUGGAGGUCCAGGAGGAGCUGAAGAAGGACCUGAGCAAGCUGAGGAGGGAGAAGGAGAAGGCACAAGCAGCCGCCUCCCAGGCUGCUGCCGCCGCCGCUCAAGCCGCCGCCCAGGCCGCGGCUGCUCUCUCCUCCACAGUCUCCUCGCCGUCCACACACAAGCGCAAGCGCGACGAUGACAAGGACGCCACCUCGACCAAGGCCAAGAAGAAAAAGAUGAUCUCGACUACCUCAAAGGAUGCCAAGAAGGACACCAAACUCUACUGCAUCUGCAAGACGCCCUACGACGAGUCAAAGUUCUACAUCGGCUGUGACCUGUGCACAAACUGGUACCAUGGGGAGUGUGUGGGUAUCACGGAAAAGGAGGCCAAGAAGAUGGACGACUACAUCUGCAACGAGUGUAAGCGGGCACAGGAGGGCAGCACGGAGGAGCUCUACUGCAUCUGCCGGACGCCGUACGACGAAGCACAGUUCUACAUUGGUUGCGACCGCUGCCAGAACUGGUACCACGGCCGCUGCGUGGGCAUCCUGCAGAGCGAGGCGACGCACAUCGACGAGUACGUGUGUCCGCAGUGCCAGUCCACGGAAGACGCCAUGACCGUCCUGACGCCGCUCACCGACAAGGACUACGAGGGGUUAAGGAGAAUCCUCCGCUCCUUGCAGGCCCACAAAAUGGCAUGGCCCUUCCUUGAGCCAGUGGAUCCCAAUGACGCCCCCGAUUACUACGGUGUCAUUAAAGAGCCCAUGGACCUAGCUACAAUGGAGGACCGGUUGCAGAGACGGUUUUAUGUCAAGCUAACGGAGUUUGUGGCGGAUAUGACCAAAAUCUUCGACAACUGCCGCUACUACAACCCCAGUGACUCACCCUUCUACCAGUGCGCAGAAAUUCUCGAGUCCUUCUUUGUACAGAAGCUGAAAGCUUUCAAAGCAAGCAGAUUGUGAUGUCAUAAGUCUGACGUAGUAAGCUGGAGUCUGAACUGGAUGCUGGGGUCACUCUUUAAUAUUAAAAAAUCAUGGGACAUUGCGCUGUCACGAAACGGCGUCAAUUCUGUAUGACUGCGUAAGCAAAAAGAGAAAAAGCCCAUGUAUCCAAACCAUGACCUAUAAGUAGUUUUAAUAAAAGUUUUAAAAACGAAACUUCAGAGAGAUCCCCAGUGAUGAUCACACGAUGGCAGCCAUGUUGAAAAAAAGUUACCUGGAAAAAAAAUUAAGUGAAAUGAUACUGCAUUUCUCAUUUGUACUGUUGUGACAUUUCUAAAAUAACAGGAAUGGUAUAUAAAAAGCUGAGUUUACUCUUUAAAUAUGAUGGUUAUUCACAGACAAAGUGCUAAAAUAGGGUAGCUGGAUAUUAGAAAAUUGUAUAAUGUAUUUUUGUACAGUGUUUGCAGAAUUUGUUACAAGUUCAACAACAGUGUCGUAAACUAUGCCGCUUCGGUACUGGACAUUAGUAGCUGGUGGUUUGAGCUAAACGACUGGUAAAGCGUAAUUGACCUGUUUUUAUUGUGAAGCACUGAAGCAAGUAUAGUAGCUCAUCACUGCUCAGCCAAGUGAAGCUGUAGUUCUUAGCUGAGAUUUUAAAUGAACGUGAAAUUGUACGCUUUUAAAAUCCUUUUGUGAAGGGUUGUUUUUAUGUGAGGGAGUGAUUCCCCCUUAGCCGUGAUGCUGACAGGAAGGCCCUGGGUUUCCCCCCUCAGCACACUCACCAGCACUGUGUUGGCCGUUGUUAUAUGAAGAGCUUGUGUUACACCAACAUGGCUGCUAUUCAUUUUUUUAUGUCUCGUAUCAGACCCCCUGGCAUCCUGUGUAUGUGUCGUUUUUUGUUUUUUUUGUUUUGUUUUGUUUUGUUUUGUUUUUGGCGAUCCCUGUUGUAUUUGUCUGUUUUGUGAAAACAUUUAAUAAAAAAAAAGAAAGAAACUCAAGGGUACUCAACUGUUCCCUCUUUCUAUAUUCUGUAGGUCUCAUAACAACAAACUGCAGUCUUCAGCCUCUUAGAGUACACACCUCUUUGCCCUAAGCUCACAAACGGCGAGAAUCUGUUGUCUCUGAACGUUAUAUCCAAGGCGGAUCCAGGCUCCUCCUGCAGCUUUGGAACUGUCCACAUCCCUGGCCCAGAGACCCCUCCCCCUCCUGCAGCCCGGCAAAAGGAGGCCUCUCCCUUUUAAACCAGCAUUCCCUCCAGAAGUGCCCCCCCAGGCCCUUGCAGGGUCCACACCGCAUCCAGCUGUGCUGCAAAACUUCGGAGCAAGAGAGCGGAUCAGCCGUGGACAGCCAGGGGGGGCUUCAGUAUGGCUUCCCAGCCUGUCAUUUUUUUGGGGGGGGGAUUUUUCCUUUAUUGUGUUUUUUCCCCUCAUGAAGAAGAAUCCAGGAUAGCCAGUUGUCAUGCUUACUGGGGAACAGCCUGAGAACAGCUGGUUUCCAUUCACAUAUUGAGCCUUUUGUCACGACCAAGGUGUUUUGUGUUAAAUCAAACUUCACUGGACACUUUUUACUGUUUUUUUAAGCCCCUCCCUGUCCACUUUCUUUCCACAACUCUUGUAUUUGAAGGAUUGAGUAACAUUUCACAACAUUUUUUUUUUCCCCCCAUCCUCCCAAACUUUCCUGGUUCUUUGGUCCCUUGGAGCAGAAUGUUUUAUAACAGACAGCAGCAUUAAAAAAAAUAAAUAUAUAUAUACAUUUCUAUAAAAUCACCAUGUAGGACUGACGGACUCGAGGAGGAAGAGUUGUGUGUAUUUGAAGCUAUCCUGUUUGUAAAACUUUUGUCAGAUUUUCUUUUUUUAUUUUUAUUUUUUGUAUUCCAACUUACAAAACAUUGAUGUAUAAAACUUAAGCGGAUAAGACCAAGGUGUCUCCAUGUGUUCUUAAUUGAAGGUAUUGAUCCAACAAAUUCAUGAAACCUUUUCCAGGUCUUUUCCCAAAGAAACAAGGACAAUUGGAAAGGAUUAAAAUCAUAAAGGGCACUUUAGACCUAAAUGCAGUGUCAUUUCGGAUACGGCACAAUGCUGAACCUCCCCCACUGAAGCGUUUGGUGGCAUCAUGCAGCCAGCGGGUCUGAGGAACUCAGACGACUCUUUUUAUGACAGCUUUUAAUGCAAAGUGUUUUUUUUAACAUGUUGAACAUGUCAGUUUUAUCAAUGUUAAGCUUAUGCGUUUCAGGGUGUGGUGGUAAUUAAGCAUUUCGCUGCAGUUCCCAUGUUUUAUGGAGUGAGUGGGUAGAGUUCUUGUAGUCAAGUUGAAACUGGCUGGCUGGCACACCAUUUUGAUGCUGUUCACCAUUUUCACGAUGGGUGUCCCCUUUUGUUGCCAUUUGUUGCGAUUUUGUUUCCGAUUCGUAUUAGUGACUCUCUUAAUUGAUUUCCAAUGGCAGGUGGGGCACAAGUUCACCUGUUGGAGCUGUUUAACUCAAAUGAGAUUUGCAUUUAGGUGAAAUUGCCCUUUAUGUCAAAGAUGCUGCAUAUUGUAUGCAUAGUGAUUUGGGGGGGGGGAGGGGGCUGUAUAGAUUCUUUAAUGAGUUAUGUAAAGGAAAACAAACUGCACAUCUCCUCAUAACAUCGCAAUAUCUGUAUUAUUUAUUCAUAUCUAUGGAAUUUAAUUCAUUUUGACAAAUGUUUAGAAAAAAAAUAAUUGGAGGAAGAAUCCUUUCCUACCAGUAGGGAAUAGAUGCUAUCUAUGUUUUUAACAGAUUGUGGCAACUCAAAAGAGAUUCUUUUUUGUACCUGAUAGGACAUUUCAUCCUAGAUAAUAAAGUAAUGUUUUUGACAUCA